UUUGCUUACAUGGCCUUACUACAUGCCACUCCAUCCAAGUCUAGGUGUAUAUUCAUUCCUGCGAACUAGGGUGAGACACUAGAAGCAGCAAAUGUGAAGUCUUGUGUCCUCUUUCCUGAGCAAUCUUCAGAAAAAAGUUGCCGUUUUCCCCCUUUCUGAAGAAGAAAAUGUUGAAACCUUUGUAGUGCUGCUCUGACCGUCGGUUUCUUUGCUCGUUUCUCUUCCCACCGAUUGCUCAAAACUGCAUCUUUUUAAUUGUUACGUCACACAAAUCCGACAGUCUUGUCGGAGGAGCGAGCGUUCUUGAUUGCUGAUCCAAUGGGGGAGACAAACCAGCCACCGCCGCCACAGCCGACGGUCGCGCCGCCGCCGAUGGCGAUGCCGAUGCAGCCCAUGAUGGGGCCGCCCGUCGGCGCCGGCGCCUUCCACCCGCCCCACGAGCAGUUCAACCAUCUCGCCUACUGCGUCCACUCCAAUCCGUCUUGGGUUCAGGUGGCAGCACUUGCAUUCCUUCACUAUCUUGUGAUGUUGGGCUCUACUGUCAUGCUUGCAUCGAUUAUUGUUCCCGCAAUGGGUGGUAACGCUGGGGACAAGGCUCGUGUUAUUCAAUCUUUCCUCUUUAUGAGUGGCAUCAAUACACUCCUGCAAACACUUAUUGGAACGAGGCUUCCAACAAUUAUGAAUGCCUCCUUUGCAUUUGUUGUCCCGGUGCUGUCAAUAGCCAGAGAAUUUGAUCCAAAUGACUUUGCAAGUAAUCACCAGAGAUUUGUCCACACAAUAAGAACAACGCAAGGGGCUCUGAUUGUUGCUUCUAUCCUCAACAUGAUUCUUGGAUUCAGCACAAUAUGGGGGGCAUAUGCCAAGAAAUUCAGUCCUGUAAUAAUGACCCCUGUUGUUUGUGUCGUUGGUCUUGGACUAUUUGAACUUGGCUUUCCCCAGGUUGGGAAAUGCGUGGAGAUUGGGCUGCCAAUGCUAAUUCUUGCGGUGGUUGUGCAACAGUAUGUGCCACAUUACUUCAGGCAUUUCCAUGAACGGAUCACCUUCUUGUUUGAGAGGUAUUCGUUGCUUCUUUGUAUCGGCAUUGUGUGGGCCUUUGCAGCUAUCCUUACUGCAGCUGGUGCAUACAACCAUGUCUCACUUAAGACGCAGCAGCACUGCCGCACCGAUAGGUCUUUCCUCAUGUCAUCUGCACCAUGGAUCAAAAUUCCAUACCCGUUCCAAUGGGGUACGCCAAUCUUCACCGCUGGUCAUUCAUUUGGGAUGAUGGGUGCUGUACUUGUUUCGGCCUUUGAGUCAACAGGAGCACACUUUGCAACCGCACGUCUAGCGGGUGCUACACCACCUCCAGGUCAUGUCCUUAGUCGAAGUAUUGGCUUGCAGGGUAUUGGGAUGUUCCUGGAGGGGAUCUUUGGCGCUCCAGCUGGUUCAUCUGUAUCAGUUGAAAACAUUGGCCUCCUUGGACUGACGAAAGUUGGAAGUAGGAGAGUGAUCCAGAUAUCAACUGGAUUUAUGAUAUUCUUCUCCAUAUUUGGGAAGUUUGGGGCCUUUUUUGCAUCAAUUCCAUUGCCAAUCUUUGCAGCAAUUUACUGCAUCUUGUUUGGCAUCGUAGCUGCUGUGGGAGUCUCAUUUAUGCAGUUUGCCAACAAGAACUCGAUGAGGAACAUCUACAUCGUCGGACUCUCAUUGUUCCUUGGCAUCUCAAUCCCUCAAUACUUCAACGAAUAUACUUCUUCUUCUAGCCAUGGGCCUGCCCGGACAAAUGCAGGAUGGUUCAAUGACAUCAUAAACACAGUGUUUGCUUCUGGCCCAACCGUGGCGCUGAUUGUUGCAUCCAUUCUGGAUAACACAUUGGAGGUUAGCGGUCAUGAGUCUGACCGAGGGCUCUCAUGGUUCACGCCAUUCCUGCACCGUCGAAAGGGUUUCUCAGACCCGAGAAAUGAGGAGUUCUACAGCUUCCCAAUCAGGGUUCAUGACUUCAUCCCUAGCCGAUUCCUCUGACUUCUGAUGAGUGAUGUGUGUUGUGCAUGUAAAUCUCUUUGUUCUUGUUAGUCCUUGCUACUGUGACUUGUGAUUGGUGCUCUACUUUCUAGAGGGAUAUGGGUACAAGAAUGCUUAGGACUUUUACUUUGUUUACCCCCUUGGGCUGAAAAUUGGUUGCAUGGUAAUGCAGAGUUUAUGCCCAGAUGUAUGUUUUUGGGAAGGAUUACUAAAGAAUAGCAACUCACUUGUUGGUGGCUUUCGUUACAAUGCAUUUGUUUAUUUUUACUCA